AUGGCGACCUCUUUCAACCACGCGUAUCGCUUGCCCGACGGCGUGAACUAUUCCUUCUCGCGCCGACCUUCAACGGCCAUCCCUCUGCCACCGAUCCCCUCAUCAUAUGACGACGUCGGCAUCUUCUCUAGCGGUGCGCAACAAUUCAAAACCUCUUACAGUCCAAUAAAAGCAACCUUCAAUCGCGCAAGGAGAUCCGCGUCGCAAAGCGCGAGCGCGAGUGUGUCGCGAGGUGACAGACCAAGUGAGAAGGAAGGAUUUCGAUCGCGCGGGAACAGCUUCUCUUUCCUGCGGAGGACCUCUUCCACCAAGACUUUGAAUUCGACCCGGGACGUUGCUCCCCCAGUACCAGACCUUCCUUUCUUCAGACCUGCUCCUGCUCCCGAACUGUCAUCUCCAACCAUGUUGAGGAAGUUCAGCCGGUCAAAGGCGUCAGCCGCCGCAGAGCCCACAAGCCCGCGUCUACCAGCUCCCUCGCUUUCACCACUACCCGCUGGCAUUGCAAGCUUCGACGACUCUCGACCCGACAGUGUCGCCAUCUUUGAGCACGCCUACACGAUUACCAGCAGCCCAGUCCAGCGGCAACAGCAACAGCGGCCCGCCGCCAACUUCUCACGUCCUCAAGCCAUGGCACCCACGCCCGCCAGCAACAACAGCUCGUCUUCGCCCGACUAUGCGACUCGCUCCGGCGGGUUGGGAUCCGGCCUGUCUUCGUCUCCGCUCUACAAACCUGGCAUGAAUACUGCCAGCGGCGAGUACGUGGUUGACCCGUAUGCCGACCGGACCCAGAGCAUGACCAAUCGCGGUCGUUUCUCCUAUGCUUCUUCCUCUCAARUUAACGCGGUGAACAGCCCCCGAAGAGUGCGCAGACGCAAAGAUCCCACACCGUUCAACGUGCUAGUAAUGGGAGCAAAAAACAGCGGCAAGACGUCGUUUGUCACCUUUCUCCGACACUCGCUCUUGGCCAAGUCAAGCAAGUCAUUCCCCGGUGAGGUGCCAGAAGCCCAGGCUUCCAGCGGAAAGUCGUUCACGUCGCACUACAUCGAAACUGAAAUGGAUGGAGAGCGUGUUGGUCUCAYGCUGUGGGACUCUGCCGGACUAGAGAAGGGUGUCGUCGAUCUGCAGCUGCGGGAGAUGACGGCAUUUGUUGAGUCCAAGUUCGAGGACACUUUCAUGGAGGAGCAAAAAGUCAUGCGAAGUCCAGGUGUCAAGGACACACACAUCCAUUGCGUCCUCCUCAUUCUGGAUCCGGUGAAUCUCKAUGGCACCCUCGGCAAAUCUGCCGCAUUCAAGCAGCGUGGCUCACAUGCCGGGAGCCCCGACGAUAAUCUCGAUCUGCAAGUUAUGCGUGCGCUGUGGGGCAAGACCACCGUCAUACCUGUUAUAUCCAAAGCUGAUACGCUUACUGUUGGACACAUGAAUUACCUCAAACGCGCAAUGUGGGACUCGCUCAAAACCGCAAAGCUCGAUCCGCUCGAAGCCCUGGAUCUGGAAGAUGAUGCCGGGUCUUCUGACCUGGAUUCCGACGAGGAGAAGGACAGCGUUCUUGCAGAAGCAGAAGAAGAAGUGCCUGYACCCAAGCCAAAAAUGCACAAGCGCCUGUCCUCCGUGCAUUCCAUGCAGAACCAGAACAUGACCGAAGACGACACGCCAUACCUCCCGAUGUCCAUCCUCUCACCCGAUGUCUACGACCUCCCGCCUUAUGCACCAAUCAACAGAGGCACCAAGAUCGGCCGUCGCUUUCCAUGGGGUUUUGCAGAUCCGCACGACGCAGACCAUUGCGAUUUUGGACGCUUACGUGACAGCGUGUUCCUGGAGUGGCGCAGCGAAUUGCGAGAGCUCAGUCGCAGCAAAUGGUAUGAGAACUGGCGUACGUCGAGGCUCAAGAAUUUCCCGGGCACCAAACAGCGUAUUCGAGGCGGAGUCACACCGGUUGCAGCUGUACCUCGGGAAGGCCGGAUUGCCAGCCAGGCAGUCGCUGCAACGAGUGUCCCUAGGAGUGUCAGCAAUGGAGGUGCGAAUCCAGGCGCAAGCACGCAAAAUCUUGCUGGCAGUGCCCCAAAUAUACGCAGAGAAGUCUCUGGCGUGAGCGAGGCGGAAGUUUGA